AUGGCUCGUCGCGCCGCGGGCGGCGCAGCCCGUAGCGCCCGGGCGGCCCCGGCCGGGCCGCGGGUCCGGCCGCCGCCGCCGCCGCCUCGGCCGCCGCCGCCCGCGCUGGCGCUGCUGCUGCCGCUGCUGCUGGGCGCGGCGCGCGCCGGGGCGCUGGAGAUCCAGCGGCGCUUCCCGUCGCCCACGCCCACCAACAACUUCGCCCUGGACGGCGCGGCCGGCACCGUGUACCUGGCGGCCGUGAACCGCCUGUACCAGCUGUCGGGCGCCAACCUGAGCCUGGAGGCCGAGGCGGCCGUGGGCCCCGUGGCCGACAGCCCGCUGUGCCACGCGCCGCAGCUGCCCCAGGCCUCGUGCGAGCACCCGCGGCGCCUCACCGACAACUACAACAAGAUCCUGCAGCUGGACCCGGGCCAGGGCCUGGUGGUCGUGUGCGGCUCCAUCUACCAGGGCUUCUGCCAGCUGCGGCGCCGCGGCAACAUCUCGGCCGUGGCCGUGCGCUUCCCGCCCGCCGCGCCGCCCGCCGAGCCGGUCACCGUGUUCCCCAGCAUGCUGAACGUGGCCGCCAACCACCCGAACGCGUCCACCGUGGGGCUGGUGCUGCCCGCGGGCGCGGGCGCGGGCGGCAGCCGCCUGCUCGUGGGCGCCACGUACACGGGCUACGGCAGCGCCUUCUUCCCGCGCAACCGCACGCUGGAGGACCACCGCUUCGAGAACACGCCCGAGAUCGCCAUCCGCUCGCUGGACGCGCGCGGCGACCUGGCCAAGCUCUUCACCUUCGACCUCAACCCGUCCGACGACAACAUCCUCAAGAUCAAGCAGGGCGCCAAGGGCCAGCACAAGCUGGGCUUCGUGCGCGCCUUCCUGCACCCGCCCGCGCCGCCGCCGCCGGCCGCGCCGUCCUACGCCUACCUGGCGCUCACCAGCGAGGCGCGCGCCGGCGACAAGGAGAGCCAGGCGCGGAGCCUGCUGGCGCGCAUCUGCCUGCCCCGCGGCGCGGGCGGCGACGCCAAGAAGCUCACCGAGUCCUACAUCCAGCUGGGCCUGCAGUGCGCGGGCGGCGCGGGCCGCGGCGACCUCUACAGCCGCCUGGUGUCCGUCUUCCCCACGCGCGACCGGCUCUUCGCCGUCUUCGAGCGGCCCCAGGGCGCGCCCGCCGCGCGCGCCGCGCCCGCCGCGCUCUGCGCCUUCCGCUUCGCCGACGUGCAGGCCGCGAUCCGCGCCGCGCGCACCGCCUGCUUCGUGGAGCCCGCGCCCGACGUGGUGGCCGUGCUGGACAGCGUGGUGCAGGGCACCGGGCCGGCGUGCGAGCGCAAGCGCAACAUCCAGCUGCAACCGGAGCAGCUGGACUGCGGGGCGGCCCACCUGCAGCACCCCCUCUCCGUCCUGCAGCCCCUCAAGGCCACGCCCGUCUUCCGCGCGCCCGGACUCUCCUCCGUGGCCGUGGCCAGCGUGAGCAACUACACGGUGGUCUUCCUGGGCACCGUCAGUGGACGGCUGCUCAAGAUCAACCUGAACGAGAGCAUGCAGGUGGCGAGCAGGCGGGCACUGACCGUGGCCUACGGGGAGCCUGUGCACCAUGUGAUGCAGUUCGACCCCACGGACCCCAGUUACCUUUACCUGAUGACGUCCCACCAGAUGGCCCGAGUGAGCGUGGCCGCCUGCGCCCUGCACGCCACCUGCGCGGACUGCGUGGGAGCCGCCGACGCCUACUGCGGCUGGUGCACCCUGGAGACACGAUGCACACUGCAGCGCGACUGCGCCAAUGCCAGCCUGCCGCACUUCUGGACCAGCGCCAGCGAGGGCCCGGGCCGCUGCCCCUCCAUGGCUGUGCUGCCCGCUGAGAUUGACGUGCGCCAGGAGUACCCGGGCAUGAUCCUGCAGCUGUCGGGGAGUCUGCCGGACCUGAGUGGUGCGGAGAUGGCGUGUGACUAUGGGGGCAGCAUCCGCACGGUGGCCCGUGUCCCCGGCCCCGCCUUCGGCCACCAGCUGGCCUACUGCGACCUCCUGCCCCGGAACCAGUUCCCGCCCUUCCCGCCCCACCAGGACCACGUGACCGUGGAGGUGUCCGUGCGGGUCGGCGGGCACAGCAUUGUGAGUGCCAACUUCAGCAUCUACGACUGCGGCCGCACCGGGCAGGUGUACCCACACACGGCCUGCAGCAGCUGCCUGUCGGCACCUUGGCCCUGCUUCUGGUGCACCCAGCAGCACGCCUGCGUCUCCAACCAGUCGCGGUGCGAGAGCUCCCCAAACCCCACGAGCCCUCAGGACUGUCCCCAGAGCCUGCCCACCCCACUGGCCCCCGUGCCCACGGGCGGCUCCCGGAGCAUCGAGGUGCCCGUGGCCAACGCCGCCUUCUUCCAGGGCACACCCCUCGACUGCAGCUUCGGGCCUCAGGAGGUCUUCGAGGCCGUUUGGGUGAAUCAGACGGCCGUGCGCUGCGACCAAGUGGUGCUCCACACCAACCAGAAGAGCCAGGUGUUUCCACUCCGUCUGCAGCUAAAGGGGCAGCCGGCCCGCUUCCUGGACAGCCCUGACCCCAUGACAGUUGAGGUCUACAACUGCGCCAUGGGCAGCCCCGACUGCUCCCAGUGCCUGGGCCGAGAGGACCUGGGCCACCUGUGUGUGUGGAGUGACGGCUGCCGCCUGCGGGGGGCCCAGCAGCCCCUGCCCGACAGCUGCCCGGCCCCCGAGAUCCGCACGAUCGAGCCCCUGAGUGGCCCUCUGGACGGUGGCACACUGCUGACCAUCCGUGGCAAGAACCUGGGCCGGCGGCUGAGUGACGUGGCCCACGGCGUGUGGAUAGGCAGCGUGGCCUGCGAGCCGCUGGCCGACAGAUACACUGUGUCGGAGGGGAUUGUGUGUGCCACGGGACCGGCCCCAGGGCCCUUCUCGGACGUCGUGGUGGUGAACGUGACCAAGGAGGGCAGGUCCCGGCAGCGGUUCUCCUACGUGCUGCCCCUAGUCCACUCCCUGGAGCCUGCCAUGGGCCCCAAGGCGGGGGGCACCCGGAUCACCAUUCGCGGGAGUCACCUGCACGUGGGCUCAGAGCUCCAGGUCCUGCUGAACGACACAGAGCCCUGCACGGAACUCGUGCGCUCAGACAGCAGCAUCACCUGCACGGUGCCAGGGGGCGCCCUGCCCGCCCCCGUACCUGUGUGUGUGCGCUUUGAGCAGCGGGGCUGUGUGCCCGGCAACCUGACCUUCUGGUACAUGCGGAAUCCGGUCAUCACGGCCAUCAACCCCCACCGCAGUCCCGUCAGCGGUGGGAGGACCAUCACGGUGGCCGGGGAGCGCUUCCACAUGGUGCAGAACGUGUCCAUGGCCGUGCACCACAUCGGCCGGGAGCCCACGCUCUGCAAGGUUCUCAACUCCACUGUCCUCACCUGCCCGUCCCCCGGGGCCCUGAGCAAUGACUCAGCACCUGUGGACUUCUUCAUCAACGGGCGGGCCUACGCCGACGAGGUGGCCGCGGCCGAGGAACUGCUGGACCCCGAGGAGAUGCCGCGGAGCAGCCCGUUCCGCCUGGACUACCUCCCCGACCCCCAGUUCUCCACAGCCAAGCGGGAGCGGUGGAUCCGGCACCACCCCGGGGAGCCCCUCACCCUGGUCAUCCAUAAGGAGCAGGACAGCCUGGGGCUCGAGAGCCACGAGUACCGUGUGAGGAUCGGGCAGGUGGCCUGCGACAUCCAGAUCGUCUCCGACAGGGUGCUGCACUGCUCCGUCAACGAGUCUCUGGGCACCGCCGAGGGCCAGCUGCCCAUCACGGUCCAGGUGGGCAACUUCAACCAGACCAUUGCCACGCUGCAGCUGGGGGGGAGCGAGACGGCCAUCAUCGUGUCCAUCGUCAUCUGCAGCGUCCUGCUGCUGCUGUCCGUGGUCGCUCUGUUCGUCUUUUGCACCAAGAGCCGCCGCGCCGAGCGCUACUGGCAGAAGACGCUGCUGCAGAUGGAGGAGAUGGAGUCGCAGAUCCGCGAGGAAAUCCGGAAAGGUUUUGCCGAGCUGCAGACGGACAUGACGGACCUGACCAAGGAGCUGAACCGUAGCCAGGGCAUCCCCUUCCUGGAGUACAAGCACUUUGUGACACGCACCUUCUUUCCCAAGUGCUCCUCCCUCAACGAAGAGCGCUACGUCCUACCCUCCCAGACCCUCAACUCUCAGGGCAGUGCCCCCGUGCAGGAGACCCACCCGCUGCUGGGGGAGUGGAGGGUCCCCGAGAGCUGCCGGCCGCAUAUGGAGGAGGGCAUCGGCCUCUUCUCGUCUCUGCUCAACAAUAAGCACUUCCUCAUCGUCUUUGUGCACGCGCUGGAGCAGCAGAAGGACUUCGCCGUGCGCGACAGGUGCAGCCUGGCAUCGCUGCUGACCAUCGCGCUGCACGGCAAGCUGGAAUACUACACAGGCAUCAUGAAGGAGCUGCUGGUCGACCUCAUCGACGCUUCGGCUGCCAAGAACCCCAAGCUCAUGCUGCGGCGCACCGAGUCGGUGGUGGAGAAGAUGCUGACCAACUGGAUGUCCAUCUGCAUGUACAGCUGCCUGAGGGAGACGGUUGGGGAGCCCUUCUUCCUGCUCCUGUGCGCCAUCAAGCAGCAGGUCAACAAGGGCUCCAUCGACGCCAUCACCGGCAAGGCCCGCUACACCCUCAACGAGGAGUGGCUGCUGCGGGAGAACAUCGAGGCCAAGCCCCGGAACCUGAACGUGUCCUUCCAGGGCUGUGGCAUGGACUCGCUGAGCGUGCGGGCCAUGGACACUGACACGCUGACCCAGGUGAAGGAGAAGAUUCUAGAAGCCUUCUGCAAGAACGUCCCCUACUCGCAGUGGCCACGCGCCGAGGACGUCGACCUGGAGUGGUUUGCCUCCAGCACCCAGAGCUACAUCCUGCGGGACCUGGACGACACUUCGGUGGUUGAGGAUGGUCGCAAGAAACUCAACACACUGGCCCACUACAAGAUCCCUGAAGGCGCCUCCCUGGCCAUGAGCCUCACGGACAAGAAGGACAACACCCGGGGCAGAGUGAAAGACUUGGACACGGAGAAGUAUUUCCAUCUGGUGCUGCCCACGGAUGAGCUGGCGGAGCCCAAGAAGUCGCACCGGCAGAGCCACCGCAAGAAGGUCCUCCCCGAGAUCUACCUGACGCGCCUGCUGUCCACCAAGGGCACGCUGCAGAAGUUUCUGGACGACCUGUUUAAGGCCAUCCUGAGUAUCCGUGAGGACAAGCCCCCGCUGGCCGUCAAGUAUUUCUUCGACUUCCUGGAGGAACAGGCCGAGAAGAGGGGCAUCUCGGACCCAGACACGCUGCACAUCUGGAAGACCAACAGCCUCCCACUCCGGUUCUGGGUGAACAUCCUGAAGAACCCCCAGUUCGUCUUCGACAUCGACAAGACGGACCACAUGGACGCCUGCCUGUCGGUCAUCGCCCAGGCCUUCAUCGACGCCUGCUCCAUCUCCGACCUCCAACUGGGCAAGGACUCACCCACCAACAAGCUCCUGUACGCCAAGGAGAUCCCCGAGUACCGCAAGAUCGUGCAGCGCUACUACAAGCAGAUCCACGACAUGACGCCGCUCAGCGAGCAGGAGAUGAACGCGCAUCUGGCCGAGGAGUCCCGGAAAUACCAGAACGAGUUCAACACCAGCGUGGCCAUGACCGAGAUCUACAAAUACGCCAAGAGGUACCGCCCUCAGAUCAUGGCCGCCCUGGAGGCCAACCCCACGGCCCGGAGGACGCAGCUGCAGCACAAGUUCGAGCAGGUGGUGGCCCUGAUGGAGGACAACAUCUACGAGUGCUACAGCGAGGCCUGAGCGUGCAGGGGGCACCUCUGUGCCGUCGGGAGCCCCCAGCCCCGGCCCUCGGGCUCCGCGUUGCCUCCCACCUGACCCU